AUGGACGACUGGCAAGAUGCCGCCUUCUCAUCACGACAUAUGCACAAUCGCAAUGGUCGCGGCAGCAAGUCCAAACAUACGGCCGCGUUCGACGUACGCAAAACAUUUGCAAGCUAUUCAGUCAAAUGUCCAGCAUGGCAGAAGGCCUUGAGCACUAACGAGGAUGCUCAACCGGAACAAGACGCAUCACUGGAACUGUAUCGUCUGACUGAAGGCGGCGAGGGUGUUAUUGGCCAACUAUCUUUACCGGGAGUGUUACAAGCGUCGGUCAUCUUAGCUGGCAGUCGUGACAGUCUUAGGCGGGCAAUUACAGAAGUGGAGCCAGUUGAAUCGAACGAAGAGGAUGAUGAAGAUGAAGAUGAUGACGAGGAAGAAGAGGAUAGCGAUAACAUUGAGCCUGAGUCUCCCGAAAGGAGUCGCUUCGAGACGUUCGAGAAGAACAGCUUCCGCUCACCAAAGUUCUGGUUUCGAUGGAGCGGCGAACCUACGAACUUUGCUCAAAGUGCGUCCAAAGAGGCUGGUGGUCACGAAACAGAACUAGGAUAUAUUGUCUUCUCUGGAAACGACUGUCGCAAGUUCAAAGGCACAAUUAACUGCACAAGUCUGAAGUGGAAGAACGUAGCCAUCACGGGUCACAAGCUCGUAGCACGAUCAACCUCUGAUGAACAAGUUACUUGGGGAGAGGCGGGAGUCCUGAUAUAG